AUGGCUACGAAUUCAAACAACGAUCCGUACUAUUCCCCGAUAAAUGUACCAUCAUAUCAGACGUAUUAUCAGCAAGAGAGCAGACCUGAAGGACACGUGUCAUCAUCUAACAGUUUAUUAAGGGAUAGACUAGUACAUGGCAAAAAAACAGUGACACAAAAUUAUGCAUAUUCAUACACAAACGUAAAUGGUAUGACUUCGUCAUACCAAAUCACGCCAAACAGUCAAAUGAUUUCAGAUAAUUCACAUCAAACCUCUUCUGGACUAGAAUAUCCUUCAUCAUCUGAAAUAUCGGUGAAGGAGUGUGAGGAAUUUCUUAACAACUUACAAUUAGAAGAGCAAGGUCAGCAAGAAAAAUAUAAUAAAUAUGAUCAAAAUUAUCAAGGACACAAUUAUGUGCAAUCACAUAAUUAUACUUUAUGUACUCCUGGACCAUCCACUUCCAUUUCAAUGCAAUGUGAACAAGAGAAGUCAAAGCAGCAAGCCAUGUUUAAUGUACAACAAGAAUUGCAAAGCGGCAGCUAUAACAAUAAUAACAAUAAUAACAAUAAUAACAAUAAUAAUACAAGACAAAGAAACAAGAAUAUUAUGUCCAAGUAUAACAGACAAAGAGAGCCUUAUUCUAACAACGUUGGAAAUUAUCCAUGGAUGUUUAAAAAGACAAUGGUCCAAGAAAAUGGAAUUGAGCAGAAACGCACGAGGCAAACCUAUACGCGCGCUCAAAUCUUGGAACUGGAGGCAGAAUUUCAUUUACAUAAAUAUCUUGCAAAAAGACAACGUAUGGCGUUAGCUAAAAAUAUUUCUUUGACUGAGCGUCAAGUUAAAAUUUGGUUUCAAAAUCGACGAAUGAAACAAAAAAAAUCACCGAAUACAUCCCAAAACACAGCCGAAUCAACACCAUCAAUGAUAUCAGACUCCAAUACGCAGAUAAUUCACGAAACUCAAGUAUUAAAUCCAGCGCAACAGACACAAUUACAAUCUCAACAACAAUUUUAUGAAGAACAUCAAAAUUAUUAUCCUAAUCCAAAUAUAUUAACAACUCAUUAUUUAAAUAAUCCGCAUUAUUGA